UGGAAACACUGUAACUCAAGGCAACUCGGUGUGCAGCAGCAGCAGCAGCGUUUCCUUCCAUGGAUUGAAGGGGGGGGUCCCUCUUGUUCGUGUCGCCUCAGAGCAAAUGAAGCCGGCCGGGGACAGAGUAAGACUGGGUUAACACGCUCAUCUGUUACCAGCAUUUGACUUUGCGAGGAAGGGAGCUUUUCCUCGGAGCCCGCGGAGCCAGGCAUCAGCACUGAGAAUCUUCCAGAGCCUCCACAAAGGCUCAUACAGGUGACAAGAGUGGCCAACUUCGCGGCACCGCCUGCGCUGACGCGCGCAGAAGUGCGUUUCUGUCCAGCGGCGGUGCGCUGCGUGAGAUCCGCCGCUCUUGUUUUUGACGUGACAUUUCCUCUUGCGCCGCUCGUGCAUAUGUGGCCACAUAUGACGCAUUUGCGCCUGUAGCUGUUUUUUCUUCUUCUUUUCUCUCUCUCUCUAACGCCGGUUUUUCGGGCGCUGGAGUGAUGCGUUUAUCGGACAAGUUUCCGUGCUGAUUGAUGUGCUCGUCAUGUCCGCCUGGGUUUAACUUGCGCGUUUCUCCGUAGAGUCGCGCAGAGCACAGUGGCAUCGGUGCAGAAGUUGUUUGGGAAUAAUAAGAAUAAGAGUGCGGAGCGCAGAGGAGGAAAGAAAGAGGCGACGGCGGCGUUCAGAGGGUGUUUAGUGGCUGAAUUUACUACCAGCAUCAUCAGCAUCUCCGUGUGAGGAUCCAAACUGCGGGAGACUGCUGCUGCUCACUCCUCUUCAUCUUCACACUAACUGUUUUUUUUUUGGUGUGUGCAGAAGCCAGACAGUGAAUUCCAGGUCCUGAAACCACAGCUGCGUAAACUUGGCCAGAUCUGGUGACAUUGUAGCCUCCGUGUGUGUGUGUUUGCGUGUGUGUGUGUGUGUGUGUGUGUGUGUGUGUGUGCGCGCGUGUGUGUGUGUGUAGCAUGUGUGUGCGCUGAGCAGCCUGGAUGGAUAUGCGGCUCACCGAGGGAAUUUGAAAAGCAAAGGGGGGAUUACUAUCAGUCCCUCUCCUAUUAUAACCUCAAAAUGGAUGCCGACGACAGGCUGUGGAGACGCCACUGGAUUAGCCACUCUUGCCCUGAUCUGCUUGACAUCUAAGCGGCACGAGCGUUCAAAGUUUGGAUAAUCUAAAAGGCUAAAGGUGUAGGAUGCAGUCUGGAGUGAAGACCCUCUCCGCAGGUGGAGGUGCGUCACUCUGCUGCCUGCUGCUCCUCUGGCUCAUCUACUCCCAUCUGCUCAGAGAGGGCCAGUUGGCGGUGGGGACGUGCGAGAUAGUGAUGCUCAACAGAGACAGCAGCGUUCCCAGGCGGACCAUCGCCAGGCAGACGGCCCGCUGCGCCUGCCGGAGAGGCCAGAUCGCCGGGACCACGAGGGCGAGGCCGGCCUGUGUAGACGCGCGAAUCGUGCGGAGCCGUCAGUGGUGUGAGAUGGUUCCCUGCCUGGAGGGCGAGGUCUGCAGCCUCCUGUUCAACCGAUCCGGCUGGACCUGCACCAGGGGCAGCGGUCGCAUCAAGACCGUCACGCCUUUGCCCAAGGAGCCGUCGUAGGAAUGCGGAGGGAAAACAGCAGGCUCUUUGACGGGAUUCAAAGAAGGAACCGAUGCCAGUCACUACAACCAAACAUUGUGUCCAUUCACCGACGAGACUCCAAAACUUUACACCGGACCUGACCUUCUGUAAAAAAAAUAAAUAAAUCAAUACAUUUAAAAAAAAAAAAAAAGAAAAGAAAAAAUAAACUAAAUAGAUAAAUGAAAAAAACGACCCUGAGCUUCUCCAGUCGCCACAGUGAAAGACUCUCGGCAGACGCUUCUGAGAACUCUGAGAAGUCUCGAGCGAGCAGCAUGGUACACCAUCGGCAUUGAAUCUUUACCGCAGUCAAAUUCACAGACACAUCAUAGAAGAAAAUCCCUGUAAGGAACAGUUUUGAACAGGGCAGCGGAAUAUUCAUUGAAGUACUGUACCUUUUGUUUUUUUGUUUUUUUGGUUAGCCACCGUCUGGUCUGCAGGGGAUGGCUCCUUGAAGAUUUUUUUCUUUUUUUUCCUUUUUUUUUGUACCUUUGUGGCUUGAUUUAGACUUUGUCAGAAGGUCUUUCAAAAGUCAGCCCCUUCAUCUUCUUUACUGUCACGGCUGUGAAGCUGUCCGGGGGUUUGUAUCCCUGCCAAGUUUCUUUAAUGACACGCUCGCCGCUAAAGAGCGGUGUCUUUAACACUAAGGCUGAGCCCAGGCCGCGUCGUCCGUCGGACUCUCAAACACCUUCCUCUCAUUCGGCGGGGGUGAAACUUUACAAGGUCGGAGCCUUCCAAAAAAAAUCUCUGCGUACAGUAGCUACACAGUGUGGACAAUGUGGACGGUGGGGGGGAUAAAAAAAAAAAAAUAAAAGCAUGAAAGUCUAUUGGAAUGUCACAGAAGGGACGACACAGACGAGUUGAGUGUCCUUCCUCGGUGAAUGAAAGUCGUGAUGGUGAAAUGUGGACGUUUUGGAUGACUAAGCUUAUAACUUAUGUUUUAUUUUUGUUGUUUUGUUUUUUUUAAUGUGGUGCCAACAUAGACUAGAAGAGUAGUUUUUGUCAAUGAACCUUGCACAUCUUGUACACACCACCGGGAGCAAUUAGCAGAUACGGACCCCUGGCUUAUUUUAAUGGUCUAUACUUUGUGUGUGUGUGUGUGUGUGUGUGUGUGUGUGUGCACAUUUGCAUCUGUCCAUGUGUGAAAAUAUGAGUGUGUGUGCCUGUGUGAGUGUGUGUGUGUGUGUGUGUGUAUGUGCCCAUGCAGAGAUACACUGUGAAAUAAGUCAUAUCCGAUGCAUUAUUCAUACUCUUGUAUAUUUUUGGGACACGCCCAGACCUGAACUCACCGUCUGGCAAAAAGAAGCAUUUGUGAUUUUACAGAUGUUGGAUUCCAUUUGAAUCUUCGCAGAUGACUCCCGUGUUUGCAUUUUUCUUUUUCUUUUUCUUUCUUGUCUUUUCUUGAGUACAUAGAGAUAUUUAUAUUGGGGGGGAAUAUUAUUGAAACUGGGGGAAAGAUCUAAAGUAUGUCACAUAAGUUAAAUUCUGUAAUUAAAAUCAAUUUAUGUGUGAUUAAAUGCA